AUGCCGCCGGCAAUCGGAACGAGUUUUAAACCACAUCAACCUUACACUCAUCGUCUACGUAAAAUUCUUGAUGAAUAUCCUGAUGGUUCACAGGUUCUUCGUGAAAUUCUCCAGAAUUCUGAUGAUGCAAAGAGUACCGAGCAAAUUUUCAUCUUGGACCAUAAUACUUAUUCAUCAAAUAGUUUAUUUAAACCGGAUUUGAAAAAAUAUCAAGUCUUUGUUGAAUUGGCUGAUAGCGAAAAAAGUAAUCAAUUUGAUAAGAUUGGAGUAAUGGGUGUCGGAUUCAAUUCAAUUUAUCAUAUCACCGAUACUCCUACUUUCAUUACCGGUAAUAAUUACGUUAUUCUUGAUCCACAUGAGUGGUAUUAUGAUGGUGGUGAAAAAUUCAAUUUUGUCGAGAAUAAUUUGGUUCAAGAAUAUCCUGAUCAAUUUGCUCCUUUUAGAAUCCAGUGUAAUGAACCAUUUAAUGACACCCUAUUUCGUUAUCCCCUUCGUACCAAUAACGAUUCGAAAAUUUCUGACGAAAUUUAUGAACCCAGCAAAAUUUUAGAAAUGUUUCAUAGAUUUUACGAAAAUAAUAGCAUUAAUAGCUUGCUGUUUCUAAAAUUUAUUGAGAGUAUUACUUUUUACGAAUUAAAAAAAGGUGCUACUGAACCCGAAUUACUAUAUGCGAUUCAAUUGGAAAAUGCCGAUGAAAUUCGAGAACAACGUUGUUUGAUAACAAAAGAAAUUGUACCAAUGAUGAAUUCAUUACAAUUGGGUGAACUCGGAGUUAAUAAUCAAUUACAUACAUCCUACAUCGCAUCAUUCUGUCGUAAAAAAGGAGAUUUCAAAGAGAAUAACGCAUGGUUAAUUUUUAAUUAUCUUGAUGACUUACUUGAAGCCGAAGCACAUUUUCAAGAGAAUUUUAAAAGAAAUAUAGGAGACUACAAGUUCAUCCCUAACGUUGGUUUAGCCGUUCCCUUGAAUGAUUUACCAGCUACAGGAACGUUAUUUUGCUUUUUACCACUUCCCAUUUGUAUGCCUUUUCCUGUUUCUGUUCAUGGAUAUUUCGCGGUUAGCACAAAUCGACGUUCUUUAUGGUCGGCUGCCGACGACGGUGAUCUGGCGACUAAUGCAUUAGCACGCCUGAAGGUUUCAUGGAAUCAAUAUUUAUUUGAAAAAGUCUUACCCAAAGCCUGGGUAAUAUUUCUUCGUGAACUCCCGCUUAAAGUUUCCGAUAUUAGGUCCGAUAAUCUUUAUAAAUUCUGGCCAAUAGUUAAAGGAGGUACAUCAGGCGACAUAAGUAUUUUUUGCAAGGAUCUGUUGCAGAAUGUUGUAGAAAAUCUUAAUGUUGAGGAUCGUGUAUUCAAAGGACCUCCUUCUUCAUAUGAUAUUGGAACGGUAUCUGAAGUUUCAGAAAAUUUAUAUGAUACAUAUUUACUCAAAGUAUCCGAAUUUCAUUGGUUAUCAAUUUCUAAUGGAUAUCUGGAAGAUGAGAAAGUGUAUAGCGAUUUACCUAAAAUAAUUGGUACUAUUGGAUUUCCAGUAAUAUCAACAUUUCUUGACAUAAUUAAAGCUUUGAAAGAUUCUAGACAUAAAGAUUUUCUUAUAAAUUUUUCUCCGGCCAUUAUUCGUACUUAUUUGAAUGAUAAUUGUGAUAGAUGGCAAGAUAUACCAAAAAAAAAAGUUUUAUUAUUACUUGAGUAUGUAUUGAAGGACAAAAAAUUUGAUGAAUUGGAAGGUUUUAAGAUGAUUCCGCUUGCGGAUGGUACUUUUGAUACUUUAACGAAACAUAGCAAUUCUUAUGUAUAUAUUGGUCCAAAAGAUAUUGAAAUACACAGGAAUAACGAAUUCAACAUCUUCGAAAAUCAGAAAUACAAAUUUAUCGACAAAACGAUUGAUAUAAGAUUGUAUGAAAGUUUGUACGAUUAUGUGUCAACUACUGAAUGGAAUCUAAACAUUAAAAUCCUGAACGAAUCCGCUAUU